CUUCACUCAGCUUUACAUUCAGCGUGCAGCCCCAACCUUUUAACAUUGCCUCUCGAUCCUGCUUUGCUCUCUACUUCAACUUUCCACAUUUAACUUGCACUGCCUUUCCUUAACACCAGGAAGUUCCCAAUGAUGACACCAUCCAGCAACACCAGCCCUCCUCUCGUCCAAGAGACCCCAUUCCAACAAAUGUCCAUCUUGGACAUCUUCUUCCCGGGGUUCUCCCACAUUUCAAGCACCAUUCAACAGCUUCUAGCUGGAGACCUUAGCAGCUAUGCUCACCUGAUGUGCCUUUUUGGGUUGCUUGCCUUCUUCGGCACUUAUACCCAUAAGUUGAGGGUAUUGCUCGAAGACCAUUUUACAUCCACCGUGUAUGUGCAACGCUCUGACGAAACGUACAACAUGGUUCUGGAGCGGGUCUCCUCUCGAAGUCUUGAUAACGCCGCUCGAUCCUCCAUUGCACGAGUCAAGAAGCAAAGAGGCCGAGAAGGCCAUACAGGCGAGGCCAAGAAAGCGCUCAGCUUCUCGCCUUGGUAUGGCAGCUUCAUCUUCCGUUACAACAAUACCUUCCUCUCAUAUCGGACCUCGCUGAGGGAUGUCGGCUUUCAUAAGGAGGAAGAAAUCUCCAUUACGUGCCUGGGACGAUCUUCCACGGCACUGAAGAAUUUCUUGAUUGAGUGUCGAGAUGAAUAUCUCAAUCUCAUCAAGAACAAGACGGCUGUUUUCAAACACCGCAACGACCGUUGGGAGCGAGCGACAGCGGUAGACGCCAGACCGCUGUCGACCGUCAUCCUAGGUGACGCGCAAAAACAAUCAUUCAUCAAAGACGUUGAGGAUUUCCUUAAUCUGCGAACUCGACAAUGGUACUCUACGCGAUCCAUGCCUUAUCGACGAGGCUACUUGUUACACGGUCCUCCUGGAACUGGAAAGUCUAGCUUGAGCUUGUCCGUGGCUGGUCGCUUUGGUCUAGAUAUCUACGCCGUCAGCGUAUCGACUGUCAAUGACCGAACGCUCGAGGACCUGUUCGCCAAGCUCCCUCCACAAUGCGUCGUCCUGCUGGAGGAUAUUGAUGCCGCUGGUGCGACACAUUCUCGUGAUGCUGGUGGUGAGAUUGCCAGCGAAAGGGGAAAAUCCGCGGACACGAAUUCAGUGACGCUGUCGGGGCUGCUCAAUGCUAUCGACGGUGUGGCCUCCCAAGAGGGUCGGCUGCUCAUCAUGACAACGAAUCAUAUCGAGAAGUUAGAUGACGCGCUCAUUCGACCUGGGCGUGUUGACAGGGAGGUCAAGUUCCAACUUGUCGACAGGGACUUAUCCACUCAAAUAUACCGUCUCGUGUUUGAGCAGCCAAACGAAGUUGGAUUGAACACAGAGAGGCGAACUAAAGAUCAAUUGAUGGUUGAACGAUUUGCGGAUGAAUUUGCCGCUAAGGUGCCAGAGCACGAGUUCAGCCCGGCCGAGAUCUUGUCCUUCCUCGUACAGUACAGGGACUCUCCCAGCUGCGCUCUGGAGAAUGUGGAAGACUGGGUAGCGCGUACUUUGCAAGAAAAGAGGAGCAAAGGGGCUGGCUCUUGUGAUGAUGCUAUGUCUAGAAGGGAUAAAGCGUCCGCCAACCAUGAGCAACAUCUCCUUUGGUUUUUGAAGUUUUGGAACUUUUGGUGCUAAAGAAUCAUUCCUUACCAUGUGUAGCACAUGUAAUUAGCCAAUAUCGCCUGGACUGAGUUCAGGAGAUCAGACAGUCAAUGUAUUUGUUUUCACGUGAUAACAACCUGUCAUUCUGUUCUGCCAAACCACCUAUUCCAUGCUCGGAAGAUAUAUUUGUAACAUCCAAACGCGGAUAUAUAUUGAACAUUUU